UUACAAGGUACACAACCUCCAGUACGAAAGAAUGCCCGUUAGCCAUCUCUGCGAUUUCACAUAACUGUCGAUAAUCUAUGCAUUAACCAAAUAACUUCAAUAAAGAGACAUACAUUUUACAAGUAGAAAAUUAAAUCUUUAAAAACGUGUUUCUUUUAUUGAUCACAUUCAAAAAAUGACAAUACACUCUUUAGAAUUAUUCCUAAUAAAAAACAGGCAUGAAUUUACGUGUAGCAUAUCUCAAAUAGCCAACAGGAAGUUGGGAAUUGAUGCCAGCUAUUUCCUAUUAGAACUACUAAAAAGAUUGAGCCCUGAAGAGCUUCAGGCAAUUUCUGUGGAUGGAGAAUCUGAGAUCCUUUAUAAUUACCUUGAUCAAUUUCUUAAUGUCUUGAAUAUGUACAGCAUUACUCCUUUGUUCGUUUUUAACGGCAUUUCUCUAACCUUUGAAGCUAGCGGUCAAAGCGAAGCUUCGCACAAACAGGGAAAGUUAUCUAGGAUGCAGCAUUUCUUAUCAAGAUUUAACCCAUAUGAUGCCAACAUUCAUACUAAUUUGUAUCGAAUGGACCCGGAUGGUAACCGUCAUCGUAACCAGUCUGAAAAUAGACGUACCUUCCUUUAUAGUAGUCAACGGGAUCCUUUAGAUAGAUUAUGUGACUUUUUAAAGAUAAUUUUAGACCAAAAGGACAUUGACUAUUUUGUUGCUCCCUAUUUGGCAAUGGCGCAGCUUUCCUAUUUCCAAGGAGGUGGAUCAAAACAUUAUCUUGAUGCCGUAUAUGGACCUGAAGAUCUUCUCCUUUUCAAUGUGAAACGUCCAAUUUAUUCAAUUAAUAUUCCGUAUUUGCAAUUAGAAUCCUUCCGUUCUUCGUUCUCCAAUCCUCAGCUGCUUGAAUCAGACAAAGGGUCUUCUACUAUUCAAUGGCUAGAUGGAGACGCUAUUUUUCAAGACAGCAGAUGUGGAUCUUGGAAUCAAUUUGUCGAGGCAUGCUUACUUUGUGGUACCUCCAUUUCGCCCACACUCCCUCAAUUUGAAGGAACAUUCUUAUUGAAAUCUUCAAUAGAGCUUGUUACAAUGCUUGGUUCUGCUUAUCGUGUAGUAGAAGGAUUCGCUGACACAAUGCCACCAAGCAUUGCUCAAGAAUUAAUUCAGCAAUAUAGGCGAUCUUUUUGUUAUUUAAAUUACUGUAUCAUUAUGAACGAAAAGGGAAUUGCUUCUCCACCAGUACCAGAGGAUUCUGUUCCCACUGAUAUUAAUGUAUUUAUGGGAACAAGGCUUCCCAAUGAAUUAUACUACUAUAUUUCUCGUGGAUUACUUCCUACUAGGAUGAUUGGGGCACUAGUAUCUGGAUGUUUCAGUGACCCCGUUUCUAUACUAGAACAGCACGUUGGGAAUUCUUCAAAUCAGGAAAGCGUAAAGCCAGAUCCUGCUGCUCAUAAAAAUGCAGUCGCAAUGGCUGCUGUCAACCAUCGAAGGUUUGUUGAUGAUUUAGAGGAAAUUUGGUCUCAAGGUCUCAAUUUGCUAACUCAACCUCUUCACCGAUUUUAUCAGGCUCGCGAUGUCAUAUCUCUUCAUGGCCAUAACCAACAAGCCUCUUUGAAAGUUAUGCACAGCUAUGAUCCUCCAUUAUAUAUCGACACCAGAGCUUGGAUGAUUUAUGAUGAAUGCAUACCAUUCAGUAUAAAGAAAGCAGUGGGAGAAAAUAAACCUAUUAAUAUACAUAGUAUGCUUGAUUGUUUAAAGGAUGUGGGUUUUGUCGAAAAAAGCUUUUGCCCAGAUACCGGUAUAGGCAUAAAAAACCCCCCGAAGCGUCUGCUUUCCACAACUCCUGAAAUAGUUUUGAGCUCUUUUUACCGGUUUCUUCAGAUUCGAUCAUUCGUAUCAACGACCCAUCAAUUAACGUCUUGGGGUUCUCCUUUAUUAAUAGCUCUCGAAAAAUGUAAUAUUCGGUAUCAAAGCUCUAUGUGUGUUUUGUUUGAGUUAUUACGCCUGCGGCAAAUAAAAGAACCAAGGUUUGAUUCUGCAACUUCUUCCACACUAUAUAUUCCGUCCGUAAUUGAGUUUUUAUCGAAACUUGCUACAUUCCUUCCCAUAGGGAAAGAAGCAGUAUACCAGUUAUCUACGUCUAAUCGCGAUUUAUUACAAUUUUAUAUGAUGCAAACCAGUUUUGGUGCUAACCUUCACGAGUUGGCCGCUAUCCUAAUAGCGUCUGUUAUUAUGAACGCUAAUGCUGACAGGAAUCUUGUGAACCCAUAUUCGAUAAGAAAAACAUUCCCUUUUCGAAGAAACUUUUGUAGCCUACUGUCAGGAAUAAUUAUGAAUCAGCUUCUGCAGACUCUCUCUACUAGUGAUAAUGAGAUGAAUAGGGAAGUUGCUGUCGAAACUGCUUUCAAAAAAUUAAAAGAAGAUUUUCCAUACGUUACGGAUAUAAAAGCAUUUUUGUCCGACUUUUUGGAUUUUUGGUCUGCUUUUAUGAACGGUGUCAAAGAAGCCGAAAGUACUAGUGCCAUUGGAAAACUAGUUGCCAGCAAACUAUACCUUACGAAUGACUGGUUAAAUUCUCUACAGCUGGUUUAGAAUAAAUAAAUUUACAGUAUUUUCAAGUUUCCAAAGUGCUUUCCGUUAGACUCUUGAAUAUAUCGAAUUUGAUUCUAUGUAAAUACCAACCCGGCUCCCGAUAUUUUAGUUGACUUCUAAUGUUUCGAUGUUUCUUUAUUGCUAUCAUGUAAUUUAUAUAGAGCGCGGUAUACUUGGCAAUUUUGGGGUUUCUUCUUUUUAUACGGGUUUCACGAAUUUAUCGAAUUUUCGUAAUUUGAUACGGACUAAACGAACCUGGUCUUAUAAUGACCAACCAAUAGUCACUAAAAUUAGAGGAUAACGGAUACAUUACAAUAAUACAAAACAACAAAUUCAUCUGUUUACAUUUGUAAAUAGCGCAAUCUAGCAAUAUUUCGUUAUAUGAAAAAUCAUUGGAAGAGAUUUCGGAGAGGAAGCACUGUCUUGUUAGCUUGUUCCAA